AUUAUAUGCGCAUGACUGUUGAUAGUUAUGACCAGCUGCUGUAGCGCAUUUCAUCACGCAUUGAAAGACAGGAUACCCGCUACAGAAGGGCCAUUUCUCCUGCAGAGCGGCUAAUGGUGACAAUAAGGUUUCUUGCUACUGAAGAAAGUCUGUCAUCAUUACAUUACCAAUAUCGCAUGGGAAUUUCUACGAUCUCCGGAGUAGUCAAAGAUACUUGUCGUGCAUUGUGGGAGGUAUUGCAUGAGGAUUUCAUCCCACAUCCAACAACAGAACGGUGGCUUCAAAUAGCAGACAAGUUCAUGGAAACAAGCCAAUUCCCUAAUUGUGUAGGAGCUGUGGAUGGCAAACAUAUAAGGAUUGUAAAACCUUCUGGAAGUGGAUCUGAAUUUUUUAACUACCAAAAAUAUUUCUCCAUUAUCUUAAUGGCCAUUGCAGAUGCUGAUUAUCGAUUUGUCGCAGUUGACAUUGGAGCGUAUGGACGGAGAAAUGACUCGAUGGCUUUCAAAAACUCCUCUAUGGGACACCUUCUGUAUUCAAAGCAAUUUGGAUUACCACCUCCAAGACCUUUGCCAGGUACUGAUAGACCUCCAAAGCCAUUUGUCGUAGUAGGGGACGAGGCGUUCCAAAUGUGUGAGAACCUCAUAAAGCCAUACUCCAGCCGUGACUUGAACUCUACAAAGUGCGUGUAUAACUACAGACUUCAAUUGAGGAAAUUGUGGAGUCCGCACACCUGA